GCCGUCAAGCAGUUCGACUUUUGCCGUGAAGUCAAUGUUUACGUGUAGGAGUGCGCUGGUCUAUUGAGCUCCCAUCUACGAAAGAAAAUCGAGAAAAUUGGGGAUUGAAAGGAGGCGUAUUUGUAGUUUUCGGCUAAUUGGGAACACGUAAACAGGUACCCUGGACUUUUCAGAGACCCACUCUGACAUGUCUUAUGUCUUCGUCAAUGACUCGUCUCAAACCAGUGUGCCACUGCUACAGGCGUGCAUUGACGGGGACCUAGGCUACUCUAAGCGCCUACUGGAGACAGGCUGCGACCCCAACAUUCGGGAUAGCCGGGGACGCACCGGCCUGCACCUGGCUGCCGCCCGUGGCAAUGUGGAGAUUUGCCGCUUCCUGCACAAGUUUGGGGCUGACCUACUGGCUACUGAUUACCAGGGCAACACUGCACUGCACCUGUGCGGCCAUGUGGACACCAUCCAAUUCCUGGUGUCCAAUGGCCUCAAGAUUGACAUAUGUAACCACAAUGGGUCAACUCCUCUGGUGCUAGCAAAGAGACGAGGUGUGAACAAGGAUGCCAUUCGUCUGCUUGAGGGGCUGGAGGAGCAGGAGGUGAAGGGCUUCAACCGAGGGCCACACUCCAAGCUGGAGACCAUGCAGAUGGCUGAGAGUGAGAGUGCUAUGGAGAGCCACUCCCUUCUCAACCCCAACCUGCAAAACAGCGAGGGUGUGCUGUCCAGCUUCCGUACCACCUGGCAGGAGUUUGUGGAGGAUCUGGGCUUCUGGAGAGUGCUACUCUUGUUGGUGGUCAUUGCCCUUCUCUCCCUGGGCAUUGCCUACUAUGUCAGUGGGGUACUGCCCUUUGCCGCCAACCAGCUGGAGCUGGUGCACUGAGGCAAGGGGGCAGGGGAGGGGAGGGCAGGGACAGCCACCAGCUGGAAGGGAGUUGUCCUUGGUUUUUCUUUUUUGUUGUUGUUGUUAUAAACUCAAUCUUUAAGCCUUUUCUUCAAUUCCCUGACCUUCCCGGCCCGUUUUCUCUUUCAGUAAAGUUGCCAUCCUUGCAACAAUAAUAUAAAGUUUAUCAUGCUAGGAAUGAUGUGAAUGUUGAACACUAUUUGGCAUCUGGAAAACAAUGCUGCUUUUCAUUAAGUGACUGCUUCAUGUUAAGGGAGAUCAAGUUCUUAUGUAAUAUAAACGACCAGUAUCAACAUGUUCUGCAUAUCAUUUUAUUCAUAUCAUUUAGGUAAGCUUUAAACUAACCAAAUUACAGUUUGAUCUUUGUUUUUCAUCAUUGGUUGUAGAAUGUUUCUGUGAUACUCCUCUUAUAUUUGAUAUUUGUUCUAAUGAAGGACCUAUUUAUUUGUAGUAAGACUAAAUUAGCCCAGAUUUGUUGCAAUGAAGACACUUUGGGAGCAACCAAAUAAACAUGUCUGUCUUUGUUUUGUUUUUUUUCCUUCUUGUGUUAGAUUCAGUCAGUACUACUGAGGUGAAAGGUUAAAGGCUGUUGGCGGACAGUGCUUUCUGUUGUCUUCACAGCACCAGUCCCUCUUGGUUGCUCUUUUUUUGUUCUGUUUGUUUUUAUGUUGAUGUUACCGUGUACUCCCGCCAUAAAUAUUGCUUAUUGGUAAUACAUCUAUGUACCUACCCUAUCGUGCAUAUUUAUGCAAGUCCAGGACAUUCUGUUCCCCACAAUCUUUUCCCUUUCCAGGAUACAUAACAGGGGUAUUCACCCAAGAGUUUAUCUAUACAUUUUGCACUUCUAUUUUAUGUUUUGACAAAAAGAUUCAGUACAAAUCCCUGUAUCCCUGCAUGUUAUAAGUAUCCCUAUACAUCAUACACUGGUAUAAAGAAAACGAUACAUUUUUGUUAAGGUUGGGGAUGUCCGCAGUUUCUACACAAUCUGUGUAAUUGUGUUCUCAAUUUAGAUUUUUUUUGUUUGUUUUUUUGUAUGUUGUUAAAUUGUGUUGAACUAUGUAGAAUACCAUGAUGACUACCAUUUUUUAUAAUGCAAUGAUGUCCUUUAAUGCAACAUUUUUUCUGUUGUCCGUUUAAUUUUCCCAUGCUUCAGGGCUUCAUUAACUGGGGGGCCUUUAAAUCAUGUCGGAUUGUGUUUUUAUUGUGCAUACGGUUAUCUUCUGUAUCUUUUGUACCUGUAACCAUUCAAAAUGAUUAUAUAUCCUUUGCUUUAGAUUCAUGUAUUCAUCGUCACUCAUUAAAGUCAUGUUCUCGUA